ACUGAGCAGGAUAUUUGUCAGUGAGAAUGUCCUUUUUCUCCUCCACUCACCCACCUUCUCAUAUCCCACAAACCUUCUUAACCCCUCCCGCGGCUUUCACCCAAACACAAACAAAUUGCAUCAAAUCUAGUCCUGAUUUAUUUUUCUAAGUGCAAAGUGAUUUUUAGAUUCUUGUUUUCUCUCCUCGAAAUGCAAGAAAUACAUGAUCAUUCCAUGACGGAGAGGAAGGUACCAAGGCCGCACCACCACCAGAUCUUGAAAUGCCCUCGCUGUGAGUCACUGAACACCAAGUUCUGCUACUACAACAACUACAACCUCUCUCAGCCGCGCCAUUUCUGCAAAGGCUGCCGUAGGUACUGGACCAAAGGCGGCCUCCUCCGCAACAUCACCGUCGGCAGCGGUUCCCGGAAACCAAAGCGCUCCAUCAACAAAAACACUGUUCCGUCUGCUCCACCACCACCACCACCACCGGAGCCUCAAUCCAGCAGCGGAGGAAGCUCCACACUAACCGAAUCGACAUCGAAGAUGUUCGCGGCGGACCAAAGCGGCGGCGGCGGUGGCGUUUUCAACGAGGCGGAGAGCUUCACGACGAGCAGCAUGAGUUCAACCAACGAGGCAAUAGAUCAGGCGUUUGGGUUUGGGAAUAGUAGUAGUAACAUACCAGACAUACCAGAUACGUCGUCGUUUUGGGAUGGAGAAUUUGGAUCGUUGGAUUGGCAAGGGAGUGGUGAUGAUCAAGGUUUGAUUGAUCUUUCUAAUUACAGUGUUGAAGAUGAUGAUCAGCUUUACUGGACCCACACUCACUGGACUUAUCAAGACAAUCCUGCUCUCUUUCAUCUUCCCUGAAUGAAAUUACUCAACAAAUUUGUCUUUUACUUUUUUAAGAGAAGCUUGAAGGAUAUUUUAUAAUUAUCAGUAUUAGGAUAUAUAUAAAUUUCUCCUUUAUCGGCAUUUUUUAAGUUGAUAAAAUGAUAGUGUUAAUGAUGUGGUUGUGGAUGUUGCACAUCCACGUUAGUUUC